AUGUCAUAUUCAGAAAAAGAGUUUAUUGUGCGUGCUUCCACAUCAAAAAUAGGUCCAACUAUGGCUCAUAAGUUGAGGGCAAGUCUGAGAGGUGGGUAUGAGUUUGUAAAGCCCAAAGUAGUUGACUAUAAAAAUUUAAGGAGAGAUAUCAACAGGGUUAUUGGUUAUAAAGAUGCCCAAAUGAUAGUAAACACAAUGAAUGAUCGUCGAGCUCACUAUCCAAAUUACUCAUUUGAGUUUAAUUGUCAAGAUGAUGUUUUGGACUGUAUGUUUUGGGCUGAUGAAAUGGAGAAGGCAUAUUAUGCUGAAUUUGGUGAUGUUAUCUCGUUUGAUGCGACUUUCCGAACAAACAAGUAUCGAAUGGUUUUUGUUCCGUUUACUGCUAUUGACCAUCAUAAAAAAUCGGUUACUGUUGGAUAUGGGUUGCUAAGAAAUGAAAGCAUUGAGUCUUACUCUUGGUUGCUUAAAGCAUUUCUUACAACUCAUGGGAAAGAACCAACACUUGUUUUAACUGAUCAAAAUGAUGCAACAAAACAAGUUGUUGAGAAUGUGUUUCGUAAUUCAAAGCAUCGAUUAUGUAUGUGGCAUAUAAUGAAAAAGUUGAAAAAAAAAAUAUCAGAUGAUUUAUUCACAAACACAGACUUUAGAAAAAGGUUUUCGAAGCUUGUUUGGGACAUUAAUAUAAAACCUGAUGUUUUUGAGGUGAAGUGGGGUUUGCUUAUGAAGGAAUUCAAUCUUGAAGACACAAGAUGGUUUAAAUACAUGUUUACAAUACGUGAUUCAUGGAUACCUGGAUAUUUUAGUGAUAUUCCAAUGUGUGGUUUGAUGAAGACUACAUCGAGGUCAGAGAGUAUGAAUUCAUUAUUUAAUACAUAUUCAGAAAGUGGGAACUUACUUUUGAAUUUCAUGAUGAAUUACGACACUGUCAUUCAAAAGCAAAGGAAUACUCAACGAGAGCUUGAUAGGGCAUCAAAGAAAGCAUCAUAUAAAAUGCAAACACCUCGAGAAAUAGAACUACAAGCAUCAAAGGUUGAAAUAAAAGCUGAAGAGAAAGAAAUAAAUUGCAGUUGUAAACAUUUUAAGCGUAUGGGUGGUUUAUGCAGACAUGAUUUUACAAUAAUGAUGAGAUGUGGUGUUAAAGAAAUUCCUGAAAGGUACAUUUUGAAGAGAUGGAGAAAGGAUGUGAUAUCAAGAAAUUAUCGUUUUAGUUUUGUUCAAUCCGAUUCAGGUGAUUGUGAGAAUGUAAAGCUAGUCAAUGAUUCAUAUUAUAGUUUUGAAUCAUGUUUGGAUAAUGUAAGAGAUGACAAAAAGAGAUUGGUUUUGUUUGCUGAGAAACAACAAAUGUUGUUGAAGGAAUUUGAGAGUGAUUAUAUUUCUCCUGGAUUGAAAUGCAAGACAGAUGUUGAAGUCGUAUGCAAGAUUUUGGGUGUUACUAUUCCUAUUCCAGAAGAGAUUAAUAUUCAUGUUCUUGAAGUUUAA